AGCACGAGCCUGAUGAUCUCAUCGUGCUGGUGCACGUGAAACAGGAAACAGAAGCCAGGCAAAUGCCAUUUGCUAUCUACAGCAACAACACAAAUUGCAAAAAACAUAACGGAGAAGGACAAAUUCACUGUGCAGACAGACUCCAGGUUAAGCUGUCAGAGUAAUAAACAAGGAAUUGCCAUCCAUUGCUACCAAACAAAACCGCUUCUGAGUUGGUUUCAAACACGUCUCCCCCUACACAAGAUAAACCUUCGCUGUGCAGCUGGUUUGAAUUCAGAUCAGGAAGGAUUUUACCAAAGGGGUGGCAUGGUGUUCUGCCGCUUGAAGUGGUUUAUAGGCUUUGGCAGUAGGGAUGUCCUCACAAAAGCUUCAAGGAGCAGUAACAGAAGCACCUCUUUGAUAUGGAGAUGCUAUCACAGGACUCCGGGAAGCUUCCUGGAUCCUGAGAUGAGAGCGUUUCUGGAGGAGAACACUGAAGUCAGUAGCAGCGGGCACCUCACACCAGAGAUACGACUGCGACUUCUGACACCUCGCUGCAGAUUCUGGCAGGAAAGAGCUGACUUGUGGCCCUAUGGUGACCCCUUCUGGGCAAUCUACUGGCCAGGAGGCCAAGCCCUGUCCAGGUAUAUCUUAGAUAACCCGGAUGCUGUCAGAAUGGGAUCAGUACUAGACCUCGGAAGUGGAUGUGGAGCAACAGCAAUCGCUGCUGUGAUGAGCGGUGCAUCCCAGGUCCAUGCUAAUGACAUCGACCCCAUUGCAGGAAUGGCCAUGGUAUUAAAUUGCGAGCUGAACAAUGUGAACCCCUUCCCUAUUCUAACUAAGAACAUCAUUGAUACAGAGCUGGACAAGUGGGACCUCAUUGUUUUGGGGGAUAUGUUUUAUGAUGAACAACUUGCAAACAGUCUUCAUCACUGGUUGAGGAAAUGCAUCAGGACUCAUGGAACUAAAGUGCUAAUUGGUGACCCUGGGAGGCCUCAGUUCUUAGGCCACCGCAUUCACAGUCAAUUGCACAAAGUGGUAGAAUAUUCACUUCCUGAAUCCACUAGGCAAGAAAACAAUGGAUUAACCUCAAGCAUUGUCUGGAGUUACCAGCCCUGACCUUUCCAUUUCUCCAAAAGCUGCUAAUGCUGGAUUUAGAAGAAGUGUGGUCUUUAAAAAAAGAAAUGUGUGUUCUCUGUUUAUAAAGUAUGAAAAUGGAACAUUGGAAAAUGGGGCUGAGAAUCUGGUCCAUAGUUUGGGAGAAGUCUUACAGGUAAAUUCCACCCUCAGAUGUGCAGAUACCCCCUGCCCUAUUGAUGCCAAUGAAAGUUAAGUGUGUGUGUUCAAAGGCUGAACAGGAUGUAACCAAAUAAAAUAUCAAGAUAAACAGGGAGAGGAUAAUAGAAAUUCAGUGUAGCGGCGUGCAGCUUAGUGGGUUACCACAGAAUGUUCCUGCUCACUGCUGCACCAGUUGAUAAGAAUCUAGUUUUCAAUGUCUGGUGAAGAUAAGUGUGUUGAACUAUCUGGCUGCUUCACAAAUUUCCUUUGCUAAUUAUGAGGCUAUUUUGUCCCAAGAAGUGACAGUUUUAUCCAGCAGCAUGUGCCUGCAGUUCCUCUGGGGGAUUUAAAUCUCCUUCUUGUGUGUAAUUCAGUUAUGCAUAUCCAGGUGGAUAUAGCAUUCUUGUGAGCUUUCUGACCCCUGCAACUAGGAUGUAUUCACCAGAAUAAAAAUAGCUUAGUCCUGUUGAUGUACAUGUACAAACAGUGUGGUGCUAGCCCUUUUAAAACCAGUGCGUCUGUGCUGCAUCAAUUGGCCCAUAUUAGGCUUUAAAAGCAGCCACUUGGGCCUGAGGCAGAGUGACACUAGGUAAGUCAGAGCUAAAAAAGCUGCAGGAAGCAGCAGGACUGCCAGAGUCCCCUGGGAGGAGAGACAGUGAAAGCCUGAGUAGUAAAGGGGAAAAGUCCCCUGGGGAUUGUAGCCCAGGGUGAAUUGAGGAAUUGGGCUUGCUUGAUUUUUGUUUAAGUUUGGUCAAUAAAACUGUCUCAAAAGAGACUGUGGGUAUGGCAGUGGAUCCCAAACAAGCUGGGGAGAAGACUGGCCUAGUCACACAUCUGUCUUCUGGAUGGCGCUUGGGGUGAAAAUAGAAAAAUGAGAGCACCAUGUCUUGGGAGCGUUGGUAUAUUGUAUUCCUCUUUUAAAUGAACUUUCCCAUUGACCUGUGGUAAAGUGGCUUUAGGCAGGACAUCACUACUACUUCUUCCGUGCAUUAAUCCCAUCAAAUGGGGUCUACUUUAUGAGUCCUCUCCCUCUGAAGUGCUCUGUUCAGUGCCAUAUCGUGUAUCAUACUGCAUGGUAUCCAGACUUCCUUUAUGACAGCCACCACUUCUUCUUGGGUAGGCCUCUGUCUUUUUCUUUCAGUCUUGAUCUUUUGGAGUCUCUCACCUAUGUAGUUGUCACUGCUGCACUUUGCAUGACCAAACCUACUGAGCCUGUAGCCCCCUCAUUUUUUCAUUUAGGGAUAUUACUUUGAGCAUGUCUCUCACAUAUAUAUUCCUCACAUGGUCUUUCUUGCUUUCCCCACUCAUCCUUCUCAACAUUCACAUUUCUUCUUUGUUGCUCAACACUCAUUGCCAGGACAAGCCACCAUUGUAUAAACUGUGCCUUUUAAUCUUACUGUAUCUUGGCAUCACACUUCUUUCCUAGGAACUUUUUUCCCAGCCUGCCUUUCUAGAUUGAGCCUUUGAAGUCUGCAGCUGCAUGGGUUUGCCAAAUUUAAAGCGAUAAUUCUGCAACUGGUAAGAACUUAUGUUUUCCCUCUUUUACUGGUGAGGAGCUGGCAAAUUCUUAUGUCAGAAGAAUUGCUUUGUCAGCAUACAAGUGCUGCCUUGCAAAGAUCCUGCAGAGGCAGGAACUUCUGGCCAGAGAUAAAGGGGCAGGUUCCAGGACCACGGCUGCCCCCCAUUGCCUGAUUUUUAGAGGUUAGUAUAUUGUUAUAAGCUCUCCAAUUGGUCUGACCAGAAGAUAAUAAGGGUCUUGUUCUAGAAUCAGGUACACUGUGUUCUGCAUCUUGUAAGGACCCUUGGUGUUUAUGGCAAGAACACUCGCGCUGAGGACAAAGCAGCCUUAGAGACUUUUAUUAAAAUAAGUGAAAAGGUUAUCAAAGUUCCAAACCACAGAACCAAAAGGGAAUAUACAGUUCUGGGAGUACCUAUAGUAUCACCCCUUACAGAAGUUCCUAGAUCAGCAUACUCACACCCUUCCUUGGAGAACUGGUGGUAAGAGACAAAGGACCAGCCUCAUCCCUGGCAUGCCAACAGUCUGAUGGUCCAGGUUCCUCAAUGCUCGAGAUUGAUGGUGAAUAAUAGAACUGUGGUCACUGUUAAGCCUCUACUUUCUUAGGGAAACAUGUCUAGUUUCCCCAAAUCUACAAGGGUGACUGUUAGGCCAUUUAUAUAUGCCAAAAGUCACAAGCCUCCUUAACCAUACUUAUGUUAAUUUCCUUAAGCUAAAAGGCAACAGAGGGUCCUGUGGCACCUUUGAGACUAACAGAAGUAUU